CGAAACCAAUGAGCCAGCGGAAGCACGGCGGAGUUCUUGAAGUCGGCGGCGUUCGUUGGAGAACCAAAACGCGUUUUGCCAAACGGGAUCUUCAGUGCCGCCUUCCACGAUCGCCCGUCACGUUGGCGAGGAGUCAAAAGGGGUCCCCCAGAGAGCGAGGAGGCAAUAUAAACUGCCUGAAAAGGUCCUGCGUCUGCGUUGACGAACUCAAAGAAAGGGAGAAUCUCGAGGCCACCGUCGUCGUCUUCUUGCCUCGCUCCUCCUUCCGUCUUCCUUAGGACGAUCUUGACCUCCUUCGGCUAAUGUAUCGAUCUUUGCCUCGCGAUCUCCGUAGUAAGGGAUUCAGGAUGUAACUAUAAACAAAUGCAUAUUGGUUCAAGUCCAUUUCUAGUUGUUGACUGGAACAUUCUUCAACUUCCAUCAGAAUUGAGUUGGCGUUUGGGGGCUGUUUUUUUUAUUUUAUUUUGGUCUGCACAAUGUCGUUGAAUUCAUCUUCUCAGUGGCAGGAGAGGGCAAAUAAUUUUUUUUCAUCCUCAGGGACCAAGUUGAAGAAAGCUGGGCAGUCUGCUGGAACAGUUGUGGGUGAAGUUGCAAAGGAUGCAGGUGAAAAUGUUGCUGAUGUGGCAGAACGAUUUGGUUCUUUCGUCAAGAGGCGGUGGUCAAUUCUUCAGCAAAACAGACAGCAGCAAGCAUCAAAUGGAUCCAUUCAUGAACGGCUGUCUUCUGCUGCCAAUUCAACCAGUACCCUGCUAAAAAGAAGCAUAUCAGAGACAAAGGAGAAGGUCACCAUUGGCAAGGUGAAAGUUGAGGAGGCAGCAAGGAGGACUACAAAUAGAAGUAGAAGUCUCUUGUCAAAUAUUGAACGAUGGCACAAGGGAGUGGCAAGUAGUGAUGUGUUUGGAGUCCCACUUGAUGUGACUGUUCAGCGGCAGCAUUCUGGCAGGUUGAUUCCUCAGAUUUUGGUCAGAUGUGCUGAUUAUCUGGUGUUAUCAGGAUUGCAAACAGAAUACCUCUUCAAAUUGGAAGGAGAUAGAAGAAUUCUGCAGCAGAUGAUCUCAAUGUUCAAUGAUGAUUGGAAUGCUGCAUUACCAGAAGCUGCCGACCCAGUUGAUGUAGCAGCUGUUAUUAAGUGUUUCUUAUUUUGCCUUCCUGAACCACUUUUGACAUUUGAACUUUUCCACGAAGUUAGAGAUGCCAGAAGCAGUAUCGAUGACAUGAGAAAUGUAUUAAAGAAGCUACCAAAUGCGAACUACUCAACAUUGGAGUAUGUUACUGCCCUUCUUCUUAGAGUAAGCCAGAAAUCAUCACUAAACAAGAUGGAUGCUCGGAGUCUGGCUGUGGAACUUGCUCCAUCUAUUAUGUGGCAGAAAGGAGAUGAAAGACCGGACUUUUAUGGACGACAGGAUCACUUGAAGGGAAAUAUAGCAAUGCGUUUCAGGACAUAUUCAUCCUUCAUGCAUUUUUCAAAGGAGUCAUCUAAUUCAGAUAAUUUCCAAUCUCAUUAUGGCACAUGGGAUGACCUUUCAGAGGACGAUGAUGUUGCAUCCUCACCUGUUCCAUUGGAUGAUGGCUGGCAAACUGAUUUUGGUGUAAUCGAGGUGAUCCAGUGUCUCAUUGAGCACCACAAUGCCAUCUUCACAGAGGUAAACGAGACUGAUUGGAAGUGAAGGGAGACUUGCUGUCAAAUCAGUAUUCUUGAAUUAAUGGGUAGUGAUCUAAAUACUCUCUCUCUCUUAUGUAUACAUAUACACACGCACACAAGGAGCAUUGGACAUGAAAACACACCUGCACCUAUUCUUGUAAAAGGAGUAUUAAGAAUGACUGGUUCUUAAUAGCAAAAAUUUUAACCAUGA